UUUGUUUUAUAUUGCAGUAUAAGAGAAUGUGAAUAUUAUAUUCUUAAAACAAUGUUCACGAAAUAUAUGAUUAUUAGUUCUUGGUUUGGCCGUUGGUACCUGGUGGCGCUGAGAUCUUGGAUCGCACAAUGGCUGCCCAUUAGCGGUCCAUAGGUAUAUAGUCAAAGGGUGCCGCGCGUUGACCACUUUACGUAUCCAAUCUAACGUUUACAUCAUCAACGGCGAUACUCGAAAAGAAGAUGAAGAUCAAAACUAAAUGGAACUUUGAACCUUUUCUCGUCGGUUGUCAUUAAAAAUCAAGAACAAAUGACGAUGGAUCGUUGAACGUCUCGUUCGACAUUGCCAGUAUGAUGGGUGGAAAAGACCGAUUAUCGGUCUUGUUGCGUUAGCGCAUCCGGUAUCGAUCUGAUCGAUGCCCUUGAUCCUGACUCGCUCCGUACUCGAAAUGAGGCGCGGGUUAUCUCGUUUGCCUUAUCGCACGGCCAGGGAGUGCACGAGCGAGUGCCUCGCGUGUCGUACGCUCGUUGUUGACGCACUCGUCCCGCGACAUGCAUCGUUUACGACUAUUGGGCAAUUAUGCCGGCAAACUAUGCACCGAGCGAUCCAGCGCGCCAGCGAUCCAUCGGGCAUCGAUCCAUGCCGGCCGGCACGCGCUCGUUUACGGGGAUGACGUCGCGGCAGCUCGGAGGAACGGGUUGCCGAUCGUGGCACUGGAAUCGACCAUCGUCACGCAUGGCAUGCCGUAUCCCGAUAAUUUGAAUACCGCGCUGAGAGUCGAGAACGCGAUCCGAAAACAAGGUGUUGUACCAGCAACGAUAGGCAUCAUAGACGGUAAGAUACACAUUGGAUUAAAUAAUGAACAGUUGAAGAUCCUUUCGAAAGCAGACCCGACCAGGACCACCAAGUGUUCACGCAGAGACAUAUCUUCCAUCGUGUCGCGUAAAUUGAACGGUGGUACAACGGUCAGUGCCACAAUGUUAAUCGCACACGCGGCAGACAUCCCCAUAAUGGCAACAGGUGGUAUCGGUGGUGUUCACAGGGGAGCUGAGCUGACUUUCGACGUUAGCGCGGAUUUAACGGAACUCGGACGUACACCGGUAGCAGUCGUCUGUUCUGGCGUCAAAUCCAUCUUGGAUAUCGGCAGGACCUUGGAGUACCUGGAGACACAGGGGGUACCGGUGAUAAAAAUUGGCGAGACGCUCGAGUUUCCAGCUUUCUAUUGUUCCGAGACAGUGGAUAAGGUCAAAGCGCCGUGCAGAGUUUCCAAUGCCAAGGAGGCGGCCGCGCUUCUGGAAGCGCAACGGGCACUGGGCAUUAACACAGGAGUGCUGUUUGCAGUCUCCAUUCCCGAGGAGCACGCGUUGCAACCCGUCAUCGUGGAGUCUGCUAUAUCAGAGGCUUUGAGGAAAGCCAAUAGCAUGAACGUAACGGGGAAACGAGUCACGCCUUUCCUUCUGAGCGAGCUUAACGAGAUAACGAGCGGCCAAUCUCUAGAAGCGAAUAUAGCCCUCGUGGAAAACAACGCGAGAAUCGCUGCUGAGAUCGCCUCGAACCUGAUCUCUAAUGAAACAUCUCGACGCGCGUUCUGCACGGGAUCCGCUCCCGCACGAUCGAUUCUAUCGAAACGAAAACCGGUAGUGGUCGGCGGUGCAGUCCUGGACACCGUUCUGCAGGUGAAGGAACCGAGAAUAAACAACGACGGCAGAACGCAUGCCGGGCGAAGCAGGCACAGCUGCGGCGGAGUCGGCCGAAACGUCGCGGACGCGCUAAUCAAACUCGGCAUGGAAAAUACGCGUCUGAUAUCCGUCGUUGGCCACGACGAGUACGGAAAGAUUAUUCUCGAGGGUCUAGGAGCUGGCGGCAAAACGGUGAAACGGAUGUCGGACGUGAAUACCGCGAGGUUCACAGUGAUAGUGGACGUCAAUGGCGAGUGUUAUUUCAACGUCAGCGAAAUGGAAUCCUUCGCCGCGAUCGCUCCAGAGUUGAUAAAGGAACGGCAGUCGCAUCUCGAGGAAGCCAGUAUCAUCGUUCUCGACGGAAAUACCCCCUUGGACACUAUGCGCUGUGUGCUCGACAUCGCGUCGCAGGCGAAUGUCCCGGUUUGGUACGAGCCCACGGACGUUCGACUGGCGGCGAAGAUAUUCGAGGCCGGGGCGCGGUGGAAAAACGUGCUGCACUUCGUAUCACCCAAUCUGAACGAGCUGAAAGCGAUCGGCGAAUACCUGGACAUCUCGGUCGGCGGAACCGAGAGCCUCGCGACCGCGAGAGGCAUCUCCGAACGAUUGGUCGAGCACGAGCACGUUCCGGUCGUGAUCGCUACUCUGGGAUCGCAGGGAGUCGUGGUUCGUGUCGCAGAAUUUUCAUCUCGCGAAGCGGCGCCGAGAACGUUGCUCAUUUAUCGACCUUUUUCUCUAGCGUUCCACUUUUCGCAGGUGACACGGAAAGCCUCGCAGAGCGAGCCCUUCUACGACGAGAGCGGCCGACUGGUCGCCGGUUCGUCGAUCGCGUCACGACUCUAUCCCGUGGCGGAUCACGCAAAAUCCAGCGAGAUACUCAGCGUGAGCGGCUGCGGCGAUUGUCUCGCUGCCGGGAUCAUUUGCGGAAUUCACCGCAAUCUGGACGAGAGCGGUUGCGUCUCGCUCGCUUUAAAAACCGCUGCGCUCUCAUUGAGCUCCCUCGACGCGGUUCCACAAACGCUCGCGGAACUCUCCAGUGAUAAUCAAUUGUAAUUAACACGCGUGUGUAACUUUGUUUUAUAUACGUAUCUUAUCUUUUUGACUCAACAGCGUUGCGACUUUAUGACGUUGUAUAUUUCUUAUAUAUAUAUAUAUAUAUAUAUAUACUUUGUAAGAAUAAAUAUAUAUAUAUUUUCUA